AUUUACUAUUACGUAUAGUGAUAGCCGAUGAGGAUAUUGUGUGUAAAUACUCGCCUGCGACGUCUUACGAGUUAAGAAUCUAUCAAAACACCUUUCCAAAACAUUGAAAUAGACCUCAAUGUCGUGUCAGCAUUGUGAUAACCAAGAGGCUAUUGGAAUUUCAGAGCAACAGUCUGUCAACAUCCUAAAGAUAGAAGAGGCUUCCACUACUGCUGCUACUGCUACCAGCCCUAUGACGCCAACAAGAUCUCCUGCUUCUACGAGCUCAACCUUCGAAAAGACAUUACCCGGAAUGCUUCAAAUAAACGCUAAUGGGUUGCCGAGCAAUAUGUUUACUUGCAUGCAACAACAGACACCACAUCACCCUUUCACAUGUGCUAUACGACCUUUAUUCAUUCAACAACAAGCGAUAGCACCCGUAUUGCCUAGUUGCGCAUCAUUUUGUCCUUCCAAUGGUCCCGUAGUCAAUCAUUUUAUCCCACCUCCAUGCAACACAUCAGCGCAGCUAUACUGCGGUGCAAAUAAUAUGACGAUGGGGACAGUAGCUAAUCAGAUUCCUCCGCAAUAUCAACAGCAGCAGCGACGACCCGCUCCUCCUAACAGCAACGAAAACAUACCAACUGUUGUGGCUAUUGGACCCAUCUGCACACCAGCACCAUCAUCAUCAUCGACAGCGACCCUUAUGACUACUGUCCCUAUCACCACCGAAAAUCAUAAGCGAGCUACCCAGGAAAAGUAAUGAUAACGAAAGACAAGGAGCUCAGCAGGGCCCAACAACGUCGGCAGAAACAAGAGCACCGGAAGAAAUGUAGAGCAUUGAACCUAGCACUAGGAUAAAGGCAAUCAUCUGGACGGCAAAG